AUGACAAACGAGAGUAAUAAUUUCGAAAACGACACGUACUCCUCUUACGGCAUAGGCUUAUCAUUUCAUGAUGACAUCAGUACUUUCGAAGAAUCUUGCUUAGUUAAAUCUAUUGUAAGCACAUUCCUGGGCGUGUCUAUGGUAUUAAGUUUAAUUGGAAAUACAUGUACUGUUGCAGUUAUAGCCCGAGAGCGAUCGAUGAAAACUCCCAUUAAUUACUAUCUCCUUAAUUUAGCUAUAACAGACUUAAUGACAGCGCUUUUCAUACCCAUAGAGAUAUAUAUUCUCUGGGUACCAGACUAUUAUCCUUUUGGUGAAGAAGGGUGUCAAAUGCACUUCCUAAUUUGGGAUCUUCUUAGCAACUGCAGUGUAUUAACUAUUCUGGCAUUCACUAUAGAACGAUAUUUAGUUAUUUCUAAACCAUUCUUACGACAGCAACUGGUGAUAAAUUCGCGGGUUUUCAAAAUAAUUACAAUAAAUUGGAUAUUAUCUGCCAUUUUUUCGAUUCCGAACGCUUUCUAUUCGUACUUAGUUCAGAGAAAGAGCUAUGUGUAUUGUUUCUACACUGUUCGUGAAAGUGAAAAGAUAAUUUUAAUCGCAGCUAACUUGUUGAUGUUUUAUAUAUUACCAAUGUCGGUAAUAUUUGUUCUGUAUGUCUUAAUUGCUGUUAAAUUGAAAGAGAAAACGUCAAGGACCUAUAACCCGGCGUAUGGAGUGCAAAACAAAAAUAAAGCAGUUAAAAUGCUAGCGGCUGUUGCUUUUUCAUUCUUCGUCUGUUGGUCACCAUACAGCAUCCUACGUAUUAUUCUGUUGAUACCAAAACAAAAUCCAGAUGAUUACUUUAAGUUCGAGAGAGUUUUGUUGUACGUCAGUGUCAUCAACAGCUAUGUGUAUACAGUUGUCAACCCUAUUCUCUACAGCUUAAUGUCACGGAAAUUCAGAAAUGCGUUUAAGAGGUUACUGAAAAGCAAGAAUACUCAGUGUAGAUCCAGAAGUGGGGAGUCCGAACACGCCAACACUGGAAUACCACUUAGUAACCUAAAACUUCACUAUAUUUAAUUAAGUAUAUUAAGGCUGG